UUAUGACUCAAUGAAAAACAGGGUAUGCUGUUUAGAGUGCAGCAUAUUUGUUCCCAGCCCUCCCACUCCCCAAAAUGGAUCCCUCCAUCCCGAACAGACCUCUCUCAGGCUGGAGUUAUAUGUCUGUGUGCCUUACUGCUGUAUCAGAGUCUGAAACUUCUGCAUGUGGACAUGAGAAACUAAGCAUAGACCAUGUGUUUCCACUGUUAAACUGAUAGCUGUCCUUAGCAGAACUGCAUGGGGGAAGUGUCCAAACUACUGCAGAGCUCUGCACUUUCCUUAGUUCACAUUUCUCUUAUUCCAGACUCACUUCCAGCCUUAAAGACUUUCUCACAAAUAUUACACUUGUUGACUGAUUUGAAUGUUCUUUAUUUUGGGGGAGUAGGGGACAGGCUGGAAAAGGAUAAAUUAAUCUAAAACUGGAACUCAAUAUACAGCAUAUUUGAAAAUAUAUGACGAACUGUGAGAGAUGUCCUUUAAUAUGAGGUAAAUUGAGGAUAAAAUGCCAAGAAGAAAGCAAGCUUAUACACUGAGUGGGAACGAGAACCAUAUGGAAGUCAGUGGAAGCACAGUGCUGGUCAUCCUCUGGAGCCGGGGUUUCAACCCUGCUGCACUAUCUGCAGGAGUCACCCAGCUCUGGGGUAUGACUUCCAGGAAAGCAACAGGAAGGCAGUGGCAUAACAUGGAAUUCCACUUACUGCCCUAAUUCAGGUGGGAAUGAGUGGUGGGCCUCGGUAAGGAGGCUUUGAUCUCUUGACCUUAGCAUAGGUCUGGGGAGACAGUAAGGGGCUUGCAUCCCUCUUUGCCCUUCGGGCUCACGGUGACUAGAUGAUGCUUUGACAUGGGUCCUGUGUGCAUUCCCUGUUCCAGCUGAGCAUUCCCAGACUGGUUGCCCAACUCCCGGUAAGCAAAGUGAGUCAGUGUGAGUAGUAGUGGGGACAUAGUGCUGCCAUACACCUGCAACUUCCCACCUUGGCUCUAGAAAUAGCUGUACUUUUCAUUAUACAAGCAUCAAUGACAUGUUUGCCAUUUAUGCUACAUGCAGAGUACAAUAAAAAUGCAAUAGUCUCCUUUUCAGUGUUACUGUAGCAGUUCUCCUUUCCCUUGUGGAGGUUAAUACCAAAAACCUGGUUUGCUUGCCACUUCCACUGACUGCAUAGCUAUGCAGAAAUGUAAGUGGAGAAUCAAUCCACAGAGUUUUACAGCAAUGCAAAGCUUGUUUCUCAUCAUUAAAAUUGGAUAACUCCAAAAUCAAGCCAAAAGAUUUCCAGGCUUGUUUUAUUUGAGCUUAGGUACUUCUUAGACUAUCAGUGCAAUCUUACAGAAAACAAGGAAAUGGGUCCAGUUUGCAUUCAGGCAAUGGAAAACAAGGAAGGGCAUAAUGAAUCGAAUGCUAUUCUGGCAGAUCAUUUUUGGCAACUUUUUUAAAGUCCAAAGGAUAUCAAAAGUCGUGGAUCGUAGCCUAAUUGUGUGGCUCUUUGUCAGGAAAAACUUCCACUGAGGACUUGUGGGAUUUUUUAAUAUGUUUUAUGUGUAAAAAGAUCUGGGUCCACAGUGAAUUUUAUUGUUUUACAGUCAAGACUCACAUAUGUACUUGAUUACAUUUUGACCAGUCAUUAUGUUCUACUAUUAUUAAAAGUAAUAGAAUUAGACCAAAGAAAACAUAAUAAAGUAGUAAAAUGUAGUGUAGCAAUAAUGGGGUCUUUAGAAAAAGUUGUUGUCUUUAUGCGUGUGAAGAAGGAUAUGUGUCUGACAUCGUAGUGGACUCCCAUGGAAUUCCCCUUUUCAAAGUGACAAACCAUGCGUUUCUAGGAAGUUUAAAAUCCCACAGAAGAAAGGUUUGGGAAUGAUGUUUCCUUCCCAGAAUCCUUCUCCCCAAAAACAAAGGGAAAUAGAGGCUGCGAUGCUGGAAAUACAUCAAUUGGGUUAAAUGUAUUUGAUAGAUAAGUUCUAAGGAAUGCCAGGAAUCGAUUAUGUCAGUGGAAGGCAAGGACUCCUACAGUUUUUCUAGGAAUAUGAUUUUUGUUAGGUGCCUGAAACUCAGUGCAAGAGUUAGAAGAUGAAAGAGCCAUUCCUCACGGGCAUUUUUUCCUUAAUGGACAUAUUCUGUUUUUUUCCCUGUUGGAGAGAUAGAGCAUUCAGAGAAAAGUGUGAGUUCCAUCUGAGGCCAGAUAGGCAGCCUUGAUCUCAGUUUCAUAGUGAUUCUUAAGCAGCACCUUCCACUCAUCCAAAGAGGCCAUGCAUGUCUCACCUCCCCGGUGGCUAUCCAGCAAAACUGACUCCAGCUGGGAAAUUCCCUGCUUCCAGGUCAGCUGUGAUGUGUUGUUCCUAAGCCUGUAAUCUGUACAUAAACAUAACUACAACUUGGACUCAGCAAAACUUGUGUUUGUUCCCUAAAUUUAAAUAGAAUUACAUUGGUCCCAGAGGUUACGCUGUGAUGUAUCUAUUAAAAACCCAGCAUCUGCCUCACUGUUUUUCUUUAAGACUCACUUUCCUUGAUGCUUUAAGCUUGUGGAUAAAAGACUGCAGGGUUGUUGCUUUUUUUGUACUGGGCAGGUCACUGCUAACACGGUGCAAUGGCUGCAAAGGUAGGUCUUAGUCCUGGAAAGUUCAGCACGUUCUGAACUUUAUUUGUGCCACUGAAAAUUCAUGUGAAUGGGACAACACAGGUUUGGGACAUGCAUGGUGUACUUGUGCUUCUGGUGUAAACGUCUGAGAAGGCCACUCAGAUUGCAUAUUUGGAAGAGCAUUUACACUAGAAGUGCCUUUUAUUUUUCAAUGUGGAGAUUGUCUACUACUUCAGCUUUUUAAAGAAUAUAUUCCAUAUGAGUGAUCUAAAUUUCUUCUGAUCCCAGUUGCUCAGGCUUUUGUAGUAAAAGAGGAACUUCUUUUGUAUGAUAGGUUUGAUUCCUCGCUGCAUUGCUUCAUUUUUCCACUUGUGUCAACUCACUGAGAACACUGGAGCAAUUGCAUAAUAAAGCUGGAAUCAUCAGUAGUGGAUUGGCUCCAAAAUGUUUGCAAAAGCAGAGUGAGUUAACUGAAACAUGUAGCAUGGAGAAACUUGCUAAUUCAUUUCAAUUAUAGUAAUUUUAGGAGAUAUUCUUAGGUUUAUUUAGGGGAAAAAAAAAAAAAUCACAUGGAUCUUUAAUAUGCUCAUUCAGGCUGAUAAUGUCCUUUAAUAAUCUGUAACAGCUUGAACAGUUUGAAGAGAAAUUAGGAAGCAAUUCUGAGAUCGUGAAGCAGACUUAUUGAAACCUCCUAUAAUUUGGACAAAUCAGCUACUGAUAUAUGGUUGGGGAUACCUGGCAGUAACAAUGUAAAGAGAUCCUUUUGUUUUUUUUCUCUAUUGCAUAUUUAGAUAGGCUGUUCUGAAGACAUCCUGUGCCUUUAAAUCACACAUACUUAUUUAAAAGCAUACAUAAAGUGCAGUUUUGCAUCUGCUCCUUGGUUUCUCUUGAGUGAGAGUUCUGGAAGAAUACCCAAAAGCUCAUUUGGGUCACUGGAAAAUGUGCCACGCUCUUAGACUGAGUGCCUCAAUUUCCAGAUCUCACUGUUUUUAGUCAUUUUAUUUAUAUGAUGGAAAUGUGUGCAUUUUCUCUGUUGUGGUGAAAUUAUUCCUCUUGUCUUCACUAAAAAUCAAGCAAAAAGGUGACAGAGUUUAAUGAGUUAAUGUAAUGUGGGCUUAAUUAGGAAAAUUACCUCCAUAUUUUUCUCAUAUCAUGCAACCAAUUUUAAUGACUGGCUACUAUGUGAAAACUUGAAGGAAGAAUCUUUUUCAUAUUUGCAGUGAUAUCGAGUAAUUUGCACACAGUCACUGAAAGGCUUUUUCAGAACCUCCUUUAACUAGGAAUUGUUUCCUGAAUAUAGGUCAGUACAGUCAGAUGCUAAUAGGAUUACAUAUAGGAAACACAUAAAUGCAUGCAAAAUACACUCUUUAUCAUUUGCUGGUGCUUAUACAAAGAAUUCCCAAAGAACUGAGAAUUAUGUAGGAUCUCUGAGAUGACUUUUCUUACACCCUCACAAUUGUUCACUAACAUGGAAAUUAAUUUUACAUGCGCCAGACAUAUAAAUGUUUCAAAUCUGUACUGUUAGCAGAGCUCUUUUCUUAAUCUUGUGUGUUGAAUUACAGUGCUUUCUUCAUUUUGCAGACAGGAGCUCUCCAUUGAAAUUUGACUGUAUGCUUAUAAUUGUAUUGUCAGUUAAUGUAGUUAACCAGAAUUUACACUAGAGAAGAGACUGAAUAAACUAAACAUCUCCGUAGGCUUCACAGAAAGUGCUGAAUAUGGAAUUAAUGGAGGAGAGGAAUAAAGGGAGAAAAAAACGAUGCACUUCAUUUAAACACUUUUAGUUUUAAAUGCACUUUUUAAAGGACCUCAAGAGUGUUUUUGAAACAGGAGUGGAAAGACACCGAUGUGCUUCUUAUGAAUCUCAGCUCUUAGUUUUCAGAAAGGACCACCUUUCAUCUCCGUAGUUAUUAUUUACAUUGGGCAGUGUGAUAAGGCGGAAAUUAAAAAUAGAAUUAAAAUGAUUCUAAAGUAGAGUCAUUCACGAGAUUGUGAAAUGUAGCAUAUUUAAUUUUAAUAAUAAAGCUAAUUAUCAGCUGCUUGCUGAGAUACUGAACACUUUUAAUUGAAGCUAGUUUGUAGGACUCUGGCAAUUUUCUUCAACUAUUUGCACUGAUUAUGCAAUACAUACUACCUUUUUCUCACACAUAACAGCCUUCCUGUUUUGUGCCCACUUGUUUGUAGGAGGUCAAAGUUGUAUGUGAAGGAAAAAAGCCCACUAAAAAAAAAUUAGAUUAUGUCUUUUUUAAAGUAAAGGAAAGUUAAGGUUAAAUUCUUGAACAGGGCUGUCUUUAUGCUUCCCCUCUCUUGGUUGUUGCUUCAAAACCAUCAGUUUGAGUGGAUGUGAGAGGCUUGGUUCUAUUAGGUCAAGAUGAACUGAUGCAAUUAGAAAUGCAGCUGUACAGUUCUGCACGUAGAUACAACUCCCAGCUUAAAAACAAAAGGGUUGAUACCGCAGCAUAUGUACUACUCAUUACCUACUUGUUGAGCAAAUUCUCCCAUCAGAUACAUUAAGGUGUUACAUUCAUGCUGUGUUUUCCAGGUUGCAGCCUGGUUUUGCUUUACUUAUUUAUUUAUCCAGCCUCUUCGUAUCCUGUGGCUGGUGGAAUCGAGGACCCAUCUUAGGUGCUUUGCAUAAAAUUUAGGUUGUAAAGUGGGUUGGGGUUUUAUGCUUUUGCUUACUGGUUUGGAUUAUUGUUUUUAAAAACUGUAGCCUAUGUGAUUAGGAGCCAAUGAGACAUGUCAAAGACCACAAAGAGGAGCUCUGCUCUCGCACGAGCACUCGCAUAGGGCCAGCUGCUCCAGUGACCUGUGUGAGCGGUCCCUUUUCCUCCUGCCAGGCAGCUUGCACAAGUUAGAGUUUCGAAAUCAGCUCCUUCCCCGCUGGGUUUGCCAGCUUGCUUCUUUGUUUUAUCACUGUUAACCCAGGGCUAGCACUGCUGAAAAAUGCGCGUCCUACUCUCAUUCUGUGCUUUCAAAAGCACCUGCAGGACACAAGUAGAAAGUUCUUCUUGUUUCCCACCAAACUUCUCAUGUUUUCUGCUCUAAGUCUUUAUGUGAAGGUGUAUGUGCCCUUGACGGACGUAUUCAGGACCAAAGGGUACCUUCAGGGACCUUUCUGAUUACCUGGAAAGGCUACGCCUACAAAUUGGAAACCUGCAGCAGGGCAUGGUGUGCAUAUGUAUCCUCCUCACAGCACCAGAAUUACCAGCAUAUAUAGAUGGAAGGCCAGCUCUGAGUUAAGGUGUGCUGUACAUCAGUCCAGAAUAAGUUCACAAAUGUCAGAAUUUGUAAUUUCAAGUCCAUAGAUGUCAUUGUCUUGAGUGUUAAGCCCAUCUUGUCACAGGGAAGUCAGUAACUACAUAGAUGGUGAACAAAGAAGAGUUAACUCUUCGGUGUUGAAUUAAUUCAUCCAAUUGAAGUAUAUCACUGGUCUAAAGAGAGUAGGAUUUAUAGAAGCACAACAUGCUUAUACAUUUCUUUCAAUUGAUAAGAAACUGUAUUAGUGUUGAGCAUUCAUUUUCCUAAAAAGGAGGUUCAGUUUUGAAUUUGCAUUGUAAAACAGGAGACAAAAUAAUACAUUAAGGCUUGCAAAUAAUUAAUUUGGUGCAUUUUGAGAUUGGGAAAAUUUGACCAGGCAAUUACCUCAUCUUGUGUACAGUCAGGGUCCUAAAAGUUCCUGAAGUCACUUAUUUUUGCAAUUUGCAAUUGGUAUAAAUAGAGUAGUGCUUCAGUGAUUCAUGGGGCUUGUUCUAAUGCAUUCCUAAGAAGUACUACAAGUUGCAUUGCAGAACUGUAAGGAGAUGCAUGGUUUACUUGGGCUCAGGGUUGUGCCAGAUCUGGACAAAUGCUGAAUGAUUUAAAUCCAAAAUUUUUGUGCAAUAGUGGUCAGUUAAGUGCUUCCUUUAAAACAAAAUCAGCAUAUCUUCUCAGUUUUAGUGUGUGUUUGUUAUUAAUUAGCUCAAGAGCUCUGGACUGCAUCAUUUGAUUCUUUUUCCAAAGCAUUAGUGUCAUCUGUGAUCUGCUAUUUGAAUUGUGGAGAUAAAAACAUAAGAGGUUUGAGUUCUACAUCUGAAAAGACUUGAAGAAGUAGUUUUAUACGUUUCUGGAGGGAACUUUGGAUAUCUUCAAAUAAGGGAGCCACCUUUAAAUCUUUUUGGAUUCCUUAAGAGAAAAAAGAUCUGUUAUCAUCUAGGUGCUGAUCCUUUUCCUGCCAGAAAUGAGAGCUACACACACUCAGAAUCUGAGAGUAAGAUUGCUUUGGUCAGCUGUCCACUCAUCUUUCGAUUUCUAACUUCAGCUCCUAAAUUUACCUACUAAUGUAAAUGGAUGUAACUACCCUGAAUACAACGAGGUCAUAAACGCUUCUUUUGUUAGUAAGAGAUUUGAUUCUGUAGGUACAACUUAAAAUGAAAAAUUACAAAGCAAUUCUUUUUCUUUCCAGAUAGGGUACCCACAUGAUAAACUUUUCCUAAAAAAAUAAAAAGAAGACGAGACAUAUCAAAUAAAUAGUGUGGUACAAAUCCUGACAUCCAUACAGGGGGCUCUUGUGCUUUUCUCAUGGUUGAUGACAAUGUUUUGACUAAUUCUAGAGCAGAGGAGGAAAGUGAGGUCAUAGAAUCUUAUAGAAUCACAGAAUGCCUUAGACUUGAAGGGACCUUAAAGAUCUUCUAGUUCCAGCCUUCCCUUGUGCUCCCCCCCUUCAUGGUCAAGAUAACCUGAGGAAAAUGGAAACAGAUGAGGCUCAAGAUAUGUCCCAGGUUUCAGGAAAGGAAAGUCCUCCCAUCAGUGAUGUCCCAGAUGAUGCAGAUGAACCUAUGCCUGUACCAGAGGACCUUUCUACUACUACUGGAGGACAGCAGAGCGUUAAGAAUGAGAGAAUCUUGGCUGGUAAUAUUAAAAUAGAGACUCAGAGUGAUGAAGAGAAUGGGCGUGCCUGUGAAAUGAAUGGGGAAGAAUGUGCGGAGGAUUUACGAAUGCUUGAUACUUCUGGAGACAAAAUGAAUGGCUCACACAAUGGCCCAGGCAGCAAGGCUAUGUCAGGAGUUGGAGGCAUUCGACUUCCUAACGGAAAGCUAAAAUGUGAUAUCUGUGGGAUAAUUUGCAUCGGUCCCAAUGUGCUCAUGGUUCACAAAAGAAGCCACACUGGAGAACGCCCUUUCCAGUGCAAUCAGUGCGGAGCCUCCUUUACGCAGAAGGGCAACCUCCUGCGCCACAUCAAGUUGCACUCGGGUGAAAAGCCUUUCAAAUGCCACCUCUGUAACUAUGCCUGUCGGCGCAGGGAUGCCCUCACAGGCCACCUGCGGACUCACUCGGUUGGCAAACCCCAUAAGUGUGGAUACUGUGGUCGCAGCUAUAAGCAACGCAGCUCUUUGGAAGAACACAAAGAACGCUGCCAUAACUACCUGCAAACCAUGAGUAUCUCAAGCAACCUUUAUUCAGUAAUAAAAGAGGAAACUAACCAGAGUGAAAUGGCUGAAGACCUGUGCAAGAUAGGGUCAGAAAGAUCCCUCGUGCUGGAUAGACUAGCAAGUAACGUCGCCAAACGUAAGAGCUCUAUGCCUCAGAAAUUUGUUGGUGAGAAGUGUCUGUCUGAUCUUCCAUAUGAUGCCACCACCAACUAUGAGAAGGAGAACGAGAUAAUGCAGACCCAUGUCAUAGACCAGGCCAUUAACAAUGCCAUCAGUUACCUGGGGGCAGAGUCCUUGCGUCCCCUUGUCCAGACUCCACCAGUUGGUUCUGAAGUGGUGCCUGUCAUCAGCCCCAUGUAUCAGCUCCACAAACCUCUUGGGGACAAUCAGACUCGCUCCAACCACGUGGCUCAGGACAGCGCAGUGGAAAACUUGUUGCUGCUCUCCAAAGCUAAAUCAGUCUCCUCUGAACGGGAUGCCUCUCCCAGCAACAGCUGUCAAGACUCAACAGAUACGGAGAGCAAUAAUGAGGAACGCAGCGGUUUAAUUUACUUAACAAACCACAUAGGUCCCCAUGCAAGAAAUGGCAUAUCUAUAAAAGAAGAAAGCAGGCAGUAUGAUGUCUUGAGGGCAGGUACUGACAAUUCUCAGGAUGCUUUCAAAGUGAUCAGCAGCAAUGGGGAGCAAGUGAGAGUUUACAAGUGCGAACACUGUCGAGUCCUUUUCUUGGAUCAUGUGAUGUACACGAUCCACAUGGGCUGCCAUGGAUUCCGCGACCCUUUCGAAUGCAACAUGUGUGGCUACCACAGCCAGGACAGGUAUGAAUUUUCUUCCCACAUAACUCGAGGGGAGCACCGUUUCCACAUGAGUUAAAACACCUCGGGCACAGAUCCAGCCUCAACAACUAUGUUACUGGAGCUGCACAAGCAACAACAGCAACAAAGCACACAACAAAUGGACAGUAAAAGUAUAAGAAUUCAGAUAUAUUCUCCCACGAGAAAGGAUUUUUCUUUUGGUAGCAUGUGUUGCAACUCAGUUUUCUAAAGUGAAUAUUAAAGUUUUUACUGAAAGCAUUCGAUCACGAAAACCUUUAGUAAUGUAUGUAGGAGCUUUUGUAGUCAGAUAGCUGAAAGUCCUUUCCUUAACUGAUGCUUCUCACAACCCUUCCUUGCCAAAACCUCUCCCCACGCACAGAAUGCACACGAUGGAUGUGAACAUGAGACAGGAAUGGCCUAGCUUUUUCUCUUAAAACCUUGAGCACGGGGUUUGUACACCAGAUGCAUUUAUUUUUACUUCCUGGUUUUAUUUGACUUAUAUGGAAAGAUUAAACUCAACUAAUGAUUGAGGGGCGCAGCCAUCCCAGUUGACUUUGCAGACAGCUGGGGUGGGACUGGAACCCAGACAGAGGGUCCAAAGUUACUUUGGCAGUGAAAAGUAGAACAUUUACACCUGCAAGGGUGCUGCUAGAAUUAACAUGGCGGCAUGCCUUGUUUGUGUCACUAGGCACACAAGCAGGUAUGUGGAAGAUAUAAGGAACACCCUUGUAAUAUACUCUGUGAAGUAUGAAUCGCAUUUAAUGUAUAGAAAAGAAUAUUGAUGCCUCUCCCUUAAACAAAUGUUUUCUCUCCCUAUCCAAUAAAACCCUACUUACUGUUAAGAAACUCCUCCUCCCUCUGCAGAAACAAGUUACAGUGUAUUUAAUUUUUCUUUUUUGAGUUUUAGUUAUUUAGAAAAGUAUAAUGUACAGUUGAGAAAAGCACUAGCUAGAAAUACAUGUGGGAAAAAUUCUCCUUAUGCACAUUUCUCUUUUUUUUUUUUAAUACUGCCUGGAAAAUACCCAAGUAUUCCUAUAUUUUACUUUUGAGAAACUCCCAUUCUGCUUCCACAGAUGACGUCUUGCAGAUUUUGUGGCUCUAUUUGUGUGGCACUUAAUUAUUUGUAAAACACCGAGCUGAAUUAAACCAGCGAGUCAACGUU